UUUUUAAUAAAAAUAUAAUUUCUUUUAUAAAAAUGGAUUUUUAGCAUCAUACUAAUAGCACUAGCAUAAGCGGAUCAUCAUCUCCUAGUUCCAAAAGAGGAGUUCAAGAGUGUUAUCAUGAUAUAUUUCUGGAGAAGAGAUAGAAAAGGAGUAAGCAAAAUUGUUAUAGAAGUGGUUCUAUAGUUCUGGGAUCAGUGAAGGAAGUAUCGGAAGAUAUCGAGGAUUAUCUUAUUUCAAGGAUACCUCACAUCUAGAUUUAAAAUGACAAGUUUGAGUUCAGAUAAAAUAUUAGUCAGAGAGAUAGAUCAUCGCCUCUGCUCAUCAGAUAAAAGGAAUACAGGAAGAGGAGGGCUUCUUUGAGUCCUCAUGGAACCAAUGCGUUACAGAGAGUUGAGGAAGUCAAUGGAGAUGACGAUGAACUCAAGAAUAAAUGCAUCUUUAAACUAGGAUUGAUAUUGGAUAAGAAUGAAUUUAAUGAUAAAUAGAAAAGAUCCUCAAUCCUUAAGGAAAGAACUAAUCAUGAUCCAAAUUUGUCCAUUCUUGAAGAUGUUUAAGAAAAUGUUAAAGAUUAACCCACAUUUGCUAACACCACACUGAAAUUGAAGGUGGAUGAAGUGGAUUUUGGAUAAGAUAAAAAACAAUGGGCUCCCGAAGAAAUUAUUGAAAUAAUUGAAGAGGAAAAACCAGAUACUAUAAUUAAUGUCAAGGAGAAGGAAAUGUUUUAGAAGGUUAAAAAAAUAUUACAUGAGGAACGAGAUUUUUUGAAGAAAAUAUUAAAAGGUGAAAUGAUAGAAUAGGACGAUAUCAAAAAGAAGUAAGAAUUUUAGAUGCAAAUUGGAGAAAUCUAUUGGAAACAAUUGAUAUAAGAAGCAGAGGAGUAAGUCAAUAGCGAUGAAGAGCAUCAAUGAUUAUUCUAUAUUAUUAAUUAUUUU